UCAAACCCACUUAAAACAGCAUAUUUUAGGAGAAAAAACACAAACCAAAACACCAUAUGAAUUACAAAAGCUUAUAAGUUUACAAGAUGUUGUCUUGCUGCUCUGUUAUAAAGCAGAGCCUCCCCUUCCCGCUCAACAAUGCAGGCGAAACCAGAAUGUCUGCUUUACGACAUAGCCUACCUGCAGUUGCACCUGCGACUUGCGAGUUAUCAACGGUGAUCCGCGCACUGGGAACCGAAGUCCCCAUGGCAAGGAAAGCGAAGAAAGCCCGCCGGCCCCGAAUCAGCACCGGUUUCAAGUAUCAACUUUCCAAUUAGUUUUCCUAAUUUUCUGGAAUUGUGAUGAUAACUGAAGCUCAGAAACAUGUUGAAAAUGAGGUUCCCCCUGAAAGAAACAUCAGGCUUCAUGGUUUUCCCUGCUGUGGCGUUGCUGGUCCUGAGCUCUCCUCACCGCACCUUUUCAGAAUCCCAUUCACUGUCACUCUUGGCGACAUUCAUCUAUGGAGAGACACCAUUCCCUGAGUUUACACUGGUAUUGACAAUCAACAAUGUCCCAGUUGAGUACUACGACAGCAAUGUUAAAAAGAUUGUCUCACAGAGAUACUGGAGGCCAAACAUCUCUGUUGAGGAUACUGAGGGGAAAUAUUUUGUGGUGGAAGAGACACACAGAAGUAUGAAAAUUGCUACUGAUCUUAUGAUGAAGCACUUUAAUCAUACUAACGGGAUUCGUGUUUAUCAGAAAUUUGCUGUAUGUGAAUUAGAAGGUGACAGCCUGAGCCGGUACUUCCUCCAAGAUGCUUAUGAGGACGAGGAGACGAGGACCUAUGACAUCCUGGAGCAAAAAUACAAACCACGUGUGCCAGAGUUGAUCUGGAAUGAAAAACAAAUGCAACAAAACACAAUGAUUUUCAUAAAUGUAUACCAGCCUCUUUGUCUUAAGGUGUUAAAGCAAUACCUCCAACAGGACAAGAAUGUAUUAAUGAGAAGAGAGCGACCCAGGGUCAGGGUGACCCAGAAGAGAGACCCAGGCACUGGGGGAGCACAGGUGUGCUGCUUGGCCACUGGCUUCUUUCCCCGGCACAUCAACAUGACCCUGCUGAGAGACGGCCAG